AUCCACAGCUCACCCAGAGGGAGACACACGGGAUCACACUAGUCUCGAAACACAGUCACUCGGUAAAAGCGAGUAAUUUUUUUUUUUUUGAAAAAUUAUUUAAAAAUAAAAAAAACUUCCUGGAAGCUCUGAACUCCGACAGGUUGGAAAUGACCAAUCACACGUCCCUCUCCAACGGCAUGCAGCCUCUCCGGAAGGAGCACCUGUACAAGGUGCUGGUUAUCGGAGACCUGGGGGUCGGGAAGACCUCCAUCAUACGGCGCUACGUGCACCAGACCUUCUCCUCCAACUACAGGGCAACGAUCGGGGUCGACUUCGCCUUGAAAGUCCUAAACUGGGACUCGGAGRCCGUCCGGCUCCAGCUGUGGGACAUCGCAGGUCAGGAACGUUUUGGGAACAUGACACGAGUGUAUUACCGUGAAGCCAUGGGAGCUUUCAUUGUGUUCGAUGUCACGCGACCCACGACCUUCGAGGCCGUCAUUAAAUGGAAGGAGGACCUGGAUUCUAAAGUGAUGCUGACUAACGGACAGAGCAUCGCAACGGUGCUGCUGGUUAACAAGUGUGAUCAGGGCAGGGAGCUGACCAACAAUGGCAUCAAGAUGGACCAGUUCUGCAAAGACUAUGGCUUUGUGGGCUGGUUUGAGACUUCMGCUAAGGACAAUGUCAACAUAAGCGAAGCAGCAAACUUCCUGGUCAAGCACAUCAUGGCCACAGAGAGCGACAUCCUGAAGUCCGUGGUGCCCGACACCAUCUCACCACAGAUCCACUCCAACAACCAGAUGAGCUGCUCUGCCUGCUUCAAAUAAUGAACGCGGAGGAGGGUGGUGGGACUAGAAAGAAUAGAAGCACAGCAGAACUAAGAGGGACAAAUCACCACAAAAACCUUUUCAGGAAAUGCAUUCAGUGCUGUGAAGUUGGACCUCUUUGGUUUAUACCAUAGUUUUGGGUUCUGGUAUGACUAUUAUGGACUGAAACAUGCACAUUGUGUUUGAAAGUACGAGUUUUGGUAACUAUUUGUGUUGGGAUAGCCUGCUGAAGUUUUCUGGUAACUAAAGUUGAAUGAAAACAGAAAGUUGAUGAACUUCCAUCUUCAAAUGUUCUAAAUUUUCUAACUGGUUUGUUUCUCAGUACCUUUAAACCCACUAAACCUUCUUUUACAAGACAGGCCUGCUUUCUUACUCUCCUGUACAUGCCAAGGAGAGCAAUGCAGACCAAGCAAGGAAUAAUUAACCAUGUAUACUUUGCAUAUUCUUUAAAAUAUUCUAAUUUAUUUAUAACAAGCUUUUUAAGAUGUGAUGUGAAUCUGCAGUGUCAAACCCUACAACUGACGGUUGUGUAAAAACCUUAUUAAUGUGAGGGCACGUUUCCCUUUUUUUGGGUGGUUUGCCAAACAACAUUUCAUGAAAACGUGCACAAUUUUUAACCAUUGCAUGGAGUUUUAUGUAUAUUUUAGGCGUUUUCUGAACAUUUUUGUGUUCAUCUACCAAAACCUUAGUAUCCAUGGAAACAGGAGUCUUUUUAUGGGUACGCUCUAAUAUCUAUGUGAAGCUAUUUCUUGCUGUUCCAGGAUACGUACAUAAAGGCUCUUCGUGUUCUUUCUAAUACUCAGCAACCUGUUGUUUUGCUGGGUUUCCUCUCAGUAGUAUUGGACGUGAAGGUGGUUCUUUAUUUUGUGAUCCUAACACUCUUAGUCAUAUCCUGCCUUAUAUUCAUUCCAUAUCAGUCAGAGCAAUACCAAAGCUGACUAAAAUGAAAAAAGUGUACAUUAUUUUUAUCACUAUAAAUAUUGUUUAUCAGCCUGCAGAUUGCUAUGUUGUUUUCUCCAGUUUGCACAGUGUUAAGGAGCCUAAUAAUGUUUUAAUGUUAGUGUUUUAAUGUUCUUGUUGCUUAUGUUACAAUACGUGUGAAAGCGUGCCAGAUUUAAAGAAUGCCCUCUUCACGGACGGUUUCACAUGUGUGAUCCAUGCGUCAUGUGAUACCAGGGUGGUGCCACACCAAAUAAACCACAGGACGUUGCUUUGUGAGAAUUUUUUUUUUUUUUCAUAUUUUGUUCCCAUUCUAACAAUAAGCAAAGCUUGUAAUUCCAUUUAAGGAUUGGAUUCUGUCAUUAUUUACAGUGAGGUAGGCAAAUAAAUGAACCACUUUACACAUUAAUCUUGUAUUUCCUGAUCUUAGAACCCCUUCUUAAAUAAAUACAGCACUGGUAGUGUUUUCAAACCAUUUAACCUGGAAAAAAAACUGUUUACUUUAGAAGAGCUUCACAUAAAUUACUAGGAGUCAGCCUCCAAGUUUUAUUAGUUUAGAUUAAGAUGUGUGUGUGUGCAUGUGUGUGUCUGUUCAGGGUGAUUCAGGACUYACAGGUUCUCAUUAGUUGAGCAUAUGACUGGAUUAUUCUCAGAUUUAGUUAUCUGCUUUUGGCUCUGGUAAACAUUCUGUGUGUGAGUGUGUGCGCUUGAGACGUGUUGGUAUAAAUGGGCUAAAAAUAUUUGGUCGUUUGGCAAAAAGGCCAUAUAGCUAGCUGGGAACUCAGUGGUCCCAAAUCACUUAAAUUGACCAGAUGUGUAACUUCAGUGGGCCUUCCAGCUGCAUAAUGGUGCAUCAGUCUAAAAUGGGGACCACUUGGAUGUAACACUUUAAUGAGGAAAUAUGCGUCUUCCAAGCACAAAACCUAACUAAAGUAAAUACACAGUUAUAAUUUAGCUAAUGUGGAACCAAUUGMGAAUCCCACAUGCUUCCUGUUUUUCUGACAUUCAUUAGGAAGUAAAAAAAAGUAAAAAGUGCAAAAAAGUCUUUAGAGAUUGUGAAUGUGUGACAUCAAAUAAAAACUGUAUAAAAACAGGUAGAAAUAACCAUUGAUUUAGUUUUGAAAUGAGUUUUUGUAAAAAAAAAAAAGAUAAUAGACGUGCAUAUUUUGGCUAUUAGUUUGAUGACAGCAGGCACAGAUUUAACAAGUUAUUACUGGGAUUAUGAGCCCAGUAUAUCCUGCUCUCUGUGGUUCUCUGCCAGAGAACCACCUACUGUAAAUCCUCACAGAAACAGAAAAGAGAGAGAGAGAGGAAUGGAAGGUGAGAAGCAGGGAUGGAUGAGAAGAGAAUCAGAAUAUUGCUAGCUUAAAGAUUGCAAAGCUCAAAUACUGGCAAUAGCUAUUCAAGAAGCUUUACGGGCAAAAAAAUAAAUAUUAAAAAAAACAAUUACGCCUAUCUGUUAUGUCUGAUCAUAGACAACCUCAAGAAGAUCAAUAAAUUCAAUGUGAGAUCUUUUGUGUUUCAUGUAAAAGUGUUCUGAAUAUGAAAUAAAUGAUGUGAACCAUAUGAUGUCUUUUUCCCUGUUUCCUGGAAAUCAUCCUUGUUUUAACAGUCAGGAAAUGUGUUCAUGUGGAGCCAUCUGUUGUAAAGUUAAACUAACUACAUGCAUUUUAGUARUAACCAAAACUAAACACUAUAAAUGAAAUUCCACUGGA